AUGCGCGGCGGAUCGGCGCUCCCACAAGGCGGAUCGGCGCCCCCACAAGGCGGAUACGCGCAGCAAGCUCCCGCUCCUUUCGCUCCACCUACACCAAUGGGAGCCCCUGGAGGCGGAUAUGCAACUUUGGGAGGAUUUCGAGGAGCCCCACAACAAUCAUUCGGAGGUGCCCCAGCUGAAGGAUACGCCCAACAGGCUCCACCACCAGCCUUCGCCCCUCCACCACCCGCUCCAGCUCCAGUGCCCCAAUUCGCGCCUCAGCCAGCUCCCCAAGCCGCUCCA